AUGGGCCUCACCGCGUCUUCGCUGAACCUCACGCAGUACGACGUCGAGGAGGUUCAAGAGCACUGCGGCGGGCGGUUCAACCAUCGCGAGAUCCAAUGCCUGUAUAAGCGCUUCCGCGCGCUCGACAAGCGGCACAAGGGAUACGUCUCCGAGGACGAGCUCCUGUCCAUCCCCGAGCUCGCGAUAUCCCCGCUCGCGUCUCGAGUCGUGCAGGUGUUUCAAAACUUGAACUUCAAAGACUUCGUGCUCAUGCUCGCCGCGUUCAGCGACCGCGCGAGCCGCGAGGAGAAGCUCGAGUUCAUGUUCAGGGUCUACGACGUCGACCGCGACGGGUUCAUAAGCCUGAGCGACCUGGAGACGAUCGUGAAGCACCUCGUCGGGUCGUCGCUGAACGAGGAGCAGGUGGCGCUGUUGAUCACGCGCGCGAUGGGGGAGCUCGCGGAGCGACGAAAGCGCGAUAAGCGAUUUCGCGACGGGGACGGGAACGCGGGGUCGGGAGGGAUCACGUUCGGGGAGUUCCAGGUCAUCUUAGAGGGCGCGGAGAAGCUCCCGAACGUCGUCGUCCCGGUCGGGUUCGACUGA